AUGAGCGAAGAGCAGCGAGAGGAGAUUGAUAUUCUGGAGUCGAUUUAUCCGGAUGAGAUCGAAAUUCACUCUGAGACGAGCUACUCCAUCAACCUGAGCUUGGACACGGUGCCGACGCGGCUGCUGGUGGUCCAUGUCCAGUACCCGCGAGACUACCCAGAGGUUGUGCCAAUACUAGAUAUAGCGGUUGGUGACCAUGAGCAGGACAGCGAUGAGGAAGAGGAACAAAGGGCUGUAGAGCAGCCCCAGUUCACGUACGACUUUACGAGCAGCGAUGUGGCAGAGCUGAAGGCUUCAGCCAAAGAGACUGCCGAAGAGAACCUGGGCAUGCCCUCGGUAUUUGCUAUUGUUUCACUGAUCAAAGACGCUGCUGAGCAGAUGUACGAAGAUCGAAUCAAAGACAUGGAGCUGGCGCGGAUGAAGGAGCUCGAGAUUGCCGAGGAAAAAGAACAGGCGAAAUUCAGAGGCACGCCAGUAACUGCAGAGUCGUUUGCAGCCUGGCGGACGAAAUUCCGGGCGGAGAUGGGCUGGGACCAGAAAAAAGAGCGCCCAAAUGGCCGGCUGUCCGGCAAAGAGAUCUUUGAGCGCGGCGUCGAAGAGGAGGCCGACGAAGAAGAAGACGAAGAUUAA